CAUUCUCUGAGUUGAGAAAUAUUUGCCAAAUAUAAAAAAUCCAAAAUGUUAUUCUAUCCAAGGUUGUCUAUGUUUGUUUAUAGCAUCUUAUCCGGUUGUUACUACUAAGGAUAGACAAGUACACCAACGGCCACUAACUGUCCCUUUUAUUACAUAGAUAUAAAUAAAUAGCAUUGUUUAUUGUUUUUGUUAUAUUUGUUACUUUCUUGUUCUUCUUCUUGUUGUUGUUGAAUUAAGAUCGACGAGCGUUACUUUUUGUUUGUUUGAGUAGGUGCUGUUUGUUCUUAGGGCGGUUUUCGGUUUUAGAUCGAAAACCGCUCUACUCAUCAAUUUGUUAUUACACGCUUCGUCGAUCAAUGAAGGAUUUGUAGUUCUUCCUCCUCCAUCAACCCCUUCAUCUUUCUCUUGAUUCUAUGUACAUUAACUUUCUAACAAGUUCAAGUUUUGUGGAAUUCCCUUCCUCCUCCAGAGAUUUAUUUUUGUGUGUGAAUAUUUUGAUCAUAAUUGGUGGUGGAAGGGAAAUAAAAAUGGGUGGAAGAAUAAAUGGGUUUGAUUGGGUGAAGGGUAAAAUUGUUGGAAGUGGGUCUUUUGGCAGUGUUCAUCUAGCCAUGAACAGAUCAACCGGUGGACUUUUCGUAGCCAAAACAGCGCAUUCAGAUGCUGGACAUGAGGCUCUCCAGAACGAGGUGAAUAUUCUUAAUACAUUAAAGAAUUCAUCAUCGUCGUCGUCGCAGUCACCGUCGCCCUAUAUUAUACAAUGUUUAGGGACAGAGUAUGAUCAUCAAGAUAAUAAUAAUAAGCUGCAUGUUUUCAUGGAGUAUAUGGCUGGAGGUAGUUUGGCUGACGCGUUACACAAGUUUGGUGGUUCGUUCGAUGAACAUGUUGUUCGUUUGUAUACUAGACAGAUUUUGCUUGGGUUAUAUCAUCUUCACCAACAAGGAAUUGUGCAUUGUGACCUCAAAUGCAAAAAUGUGCUUCUGUCCUCGUCUGGGACAGUUAAGCUCGCAGAUUUCGGAUGUGCAAAAAGGAUCGGCAAGGACUCGCACACGAACAAAUCACCUUCGUCUGGGGGCACACCUCUAUGGAUGGCUCCUGAAGUAUUAUUAUUGAGGAAUGGUAAAGAGGAGAGGGUUGUUGAUUUUGCAGCAGCAGAUAUAUGGUCUUUGGGAUGUACUGUUAUUGAAAUGGCGACGGGUAGGCCUCCCUGGGUUCAUGAUGAUCUCGUAUCUAUUUCAAAUCCAAUGUCUGCUAUGUUUAAGAUUGCCUGUGGUGAUGGGAUACCUCAAUUUCCAAGUCAUUUCUCUCAGGAGGGUUUCGAUUUCUUGAGAAGAUGUUUGGUGAGAGAUCCUAAUAAGAGGUCUACCGCAAAGGACUUGCUUAAUCAUCCAUUCCUUGUUGCAAAUACUUUAACUUAUCACAAACCCUACUGUAAUGCCUCACCAGCAGCUGUCUUGGAUGUUCAUCAAUUUGAGGAUGAUUAUGACGAUGACGGUGAAGAAAAAUUGCCAAGUCCAGCAGGGAGGAAUAAAUUCUCAUUCGGAAAUGAGUUUGUGUCCCCACAAGUAAAAACAAUAUGGCAACAGGAAGAUAGUGCAUCAGGGAAUCAUUGGAUUACCAUUAGAUCAUGGUGAUCAAUUAAGUAGGCCUGAUAAUUAAUUGUAGAUUGAAACAGGACUCAACAUAUGUACAGCUUUUGAGUAGGAUGCAAAUACUUAUAGAUUUGUCACAGUUUUCAAAGUUUUGCCUCCUUUUUAGGAAUGGUCUUAUUAGUACCAUCAAGUUUGUAGUUAAAAGGUUGAGACUAUAGAAUCAAUAAUUGGUUACCAAAAAACAAUGAUUCUGCUUCUUUAUUAUGAACACAGU